AUGUCCUUACUCUUAAAUAAAAAAUUUGAAACACUCAGCGAUUUAUUCUGCUUUCUUUCAUUAACUAAUCCUAAAAUUCAAAAUCUAACAAUUAAUCAAUGUGCAGAGAUAAUCAAACACGAUAAAAAUCUGUUGCGUGCAUUAAGAAUAAAACGCAUAAUAGAAAAGUAUUUGAUUGGCAAAUACAAAACACCGAAUUCUGCUGCUUAG